AUGGUACCUUUUACUAGAUCAUUCCUCAUUAACAACACUGACCUUAACCUCCCUCUCACGCAUCUUGUUAUUGCAGAUGCGAGCUUCACCGCCUUCAAGCCCUCUGUUGUAUCUACUGCCGCCGUGCUCACUGCUAUUGCUGAUCUCCAUCCCAAGCUCAUACCACUGUUUCCCAUAUUUGUGAAGGCGUUAAAGGGGAUCAACAAGGAGCUCCUCCGACCAUGUUUUAUCAUGGUCGUGGAGAUGUACAAGAAGAGAGCACUUCUUUCUCGGCUUUCUAUCCGUCACAAGAGAUGGUUAAUCGAGCCAACCAAAGGUCCUUUGAUCAAGAUUUCUCUCAAAUGGAGUGUUGGACUCGACAUUCACCACUUUUCCGGGCGAUAA